AGCCAUACGAAUCGCGGGGGAGCAGUUGUCUUUUCAUUCCUAGCAAUCACCUGGCACUGGUGAAACGUCUGUGUGUGCCUCUGAUAAUUAUUCUCCAAUUUAUUCAGUCUCUUUUGCGAUGUGAAGAUUUCCAGUGACAGUCUGCACAUGUUUUGUUUGUGCAAUUGAUGUUAUUUUGCGUUCAUCAGAAGACCAUGGAGAAGAAAACUCCGACGUUAUCCAGGACAUUCGUGUGCUGCUCCAAUUUCCUAUUCCUGGUAUCAGGAUUUGCAGUCAUGGCACUCGGUAUUUUACUCCUCAUCGAUAAUGAGCGAGUUCUUCUCUCCAGACUUGUUGGAUCCAGUGAUCUCCAUACCGAUCAACCCCUUUUCUAUUACAUGUCCUUUGCUGUUGUAGGGCUAGGUUUUGUUAUAGCAAUCACAGCACUCUUGGGGUGUUGGGCAUCUUGUUUUACCAGUCGCUGUCUCACUACUUGGUACAUACUGUCAUUAAUUUUCCUAUUACUGGGAAAAUUCGCCUGUUGUGUUGUGGCUGUAUUUUGGCCGCAUUUAUUGGGCAUUGAGAUUAGAGCUAGUAAAUUAGUUCGGGCUCUGCAACGAAAUUAUGCAUUACCUGGACGUGAACAAUUCACAGCAGCUCUAGACCUCGCGCAAACAGCAUUUUCCUGUUGCGGUAUCAACGGAAGCAGUAAUUAUGGUACGUCGUGGUGGCGACUACAGGAAGUCGGACGUCGGGAAUUGGUUGUACCCCUUACAUGCUGCACCCUUAACAAUACCCAAUUACCGGAUGCUUUUCUAAAUCCGCAACCCCAAGAUCUUCAGCUGUGUCAGACGUUAAAUCCUCUCGAACAUCAACGUGCACGUCAUAAUACGGGCUGCUUGGAGAUGAUAGAAAAGUGGACGCAGGAUCAGGCACUUAUUUUUUUAGGCAUUGGGCUCAUUGUGAUGUUAAUCGAAAUGAGUGCAUUGUUGAGUACAAUAUUAUCUUGGUCCAAGUCCAAACCCAAGAGGAGAAAAAAUUUGUCGACAUUCACGUCGACUCAGACACUGACACAAUCCCCUACAUUCACUCUUGAGAGUAAUCACAAUUUUGGAUUGGGAAUGGAAAAUAGCAGAAGUCAUACAGAUGGUUCGACAUUUUGUGAAUUGAAGAAUUACAAGUUGAUCGGUUACCAAUAAAUCCUAGAUCCAGUGAGUCCAGGGGAUUGAUUGAGGAAUGGCGCAAUCGAAAGACGAAAUAUCCCUUAAAAAUUCUGACUAAUGAGGAAUUUUAUGAGGAGCGUGCUGUCGACGUGCCAAAUGAAUCCUCAUCGAACUUACUUCUGCUCAAUAAUUCCAAGGCAUUUAAAACGACUAACAAAGGGAGGAAAAAUCGGAGAAAACAGAGAGAAUUAUCACUGGGAGGAACAGUGAUGAGUAUUCCCUUGAAAAAUUAUCGAGCAUCACUCGCUCAAAAUAUGGGAUCAUUACGGAGUUCCAGUGUACCUCAUUGUCAAUCUGACUCGUUAAUUUCUGCUCGAUAUCGAAGCGGCAACAGUAAACGAAAAAAGAAACCGUCGCCUGUGGAAUUUUCCCAGAAUCACAGGCAUCGUAAUCAUCGGCGAAAAUGUAAGUCAAGAUGUUCAGCUGUGAAUAACGAAUCCACUCCCAUAUGUCGAUCAAUCCAAAAUGAA